AUGUUCGACAUGAUGGCGCUUCGGGUUCUAUUGGCUGCACUCUUCAUCCCACAAUGGGCCUCUGCUUUACCGGCCCUGAAUGGCAGCAUACAAACAUAUAACUUUCCGGAAGGGCUGGAUCAGGCACAUGCCUACACCAUUCAGGUUCAACAAUCUACCGGGGGCUUGCAUACCGUUGCAUCCUACAACGCCAUCGUGUCCGAAGCCAAUACGACAUCUGGAAAAGGAAUCGAGCAUAACACUUCCUUUGCUUUGUUCGACUUUGAAGGACCCGUUGAGCUCUCCGUCACCUAUCGUCAUGGGCCAGUUAGAUCUGCUGUUAUCAGACCAUAUUCAUAUGAGAUCAAGCCGACUGUGCAAGGAAAUACAAUCUCUUUUACAUUGGACCGGCCGCGCAACGUCGUAGUCCAAGUGAAUGACGAUGUGUUUGACACCUUACAGCUUUUCACUAAUGCUAUUGAGGCCGACAUUCCGAGCCAAAAUGAUCCGAACGUGGUCUACUUUGGACCUGGCAUUGACAAUGGCCCCGACUCCAAGAACGGAACAUUGGUUGUACCAUCCGGCAAGACUGUGUAUCUUGCUCCCGGUGCAGUUGUUACUUCUCGGCUAGCCUUUCAGAAUGCGACCAGCGGUGGGAUCCAGGGUCGGGGCGUGAUCAAUCCGAGGUCAUCGGGCGGUAUACUUAUCGAAUGGUCGAGCAAUAUCCUGGUAAAGGACAUUCUCAUCCUCGGAGCAAAAGGGUUCUCGGUCACGACGGGUACAUCGAAGAAUAUCACGAUGUUGGGAAUCCGAUCGAUGUCUUCCACCGGGAACGGCGAUGGGAUCGACUUCUUCUGCAGCGAGGAUGUGCUCAUCGAUGGGGUGUUUCUACGCAACUCAGACGAUAAUGUCGCUCUUUACCAGCAUCGCUGGAACUACUACGGCGACUCGAAGAAUAUUACCGUGCAGAACUCAUCCCUCUGGGCGGAUUGGGCCCACCCGAUAAACAUCGGCACGCAUGGCAAUACCGACAAGCCUGAGACCAUGGACGGGGUCACAAUCCGCAAUAUUGACAUCCUCGAUCACCGAGAGCCGCAGCUUUGGUACCAGGGGUGCAUUGCGAUCAACCCCGGAGAUAGCAACUUGAUUCAGAACGUUCAUAUUGAAGACAUACGAGUCGAGGAUUUCCGCCUGGGGCAAUUACUCAAUUUCCGGGUGAUGUAUAACUCCAAGUAUAACACGUCGCCGGGUAGAGGCAUUCGGAAUGUCUACGUUAAGGAUCUGGUAUACAAUGGAUCCCAUGCAAACCCUUCAUUGUUCUUGGGAUAUGACAAAGACCGGAAUAUCUCAAAUGUCACGUUUGUCAACCUACAGAUCAACGACAAGUUGAUCGACGACAAUAUGAGUAAACCAUCCUGGUAUUAUACUGCGGAUUUUGUUCCCAUGUUUGCGAAUGAAUAUGUCGAGGGACUGAACUUUACGAGCGAGCAAUAG